AUGGACCAUAGCAAUGAAGUUCUAGAUAGUGUGAAACUACCCGUUAAUAGGUCGACACACAAGAGAUCCCCAUCACCAGUAGACAUUAAUCAGCAAGGUUGCUCAAGUUAUAAAAAGCAACGAUUAUCAAAUAAAGACUCCUAUUCCUCCUCCAGCAAAAGCGUAAGGCGUUCUAAACGCCAUUCAACCCCUCCUGUUCGAUUUGGUUACAGUAAAUACGAGCAACGAGUUCCUAAAAGCUCGUCUGAAAUUGAUCCUGUGAGCGAUUAUCACAUUUUAGGUGAUAAAGUAAAGAGCACUAACUUGGUUGAUACAAGUGUGAAUUAUCAUCUUGACAACAAGAGUAAUUCCCACACAGAAGCAACGGGUUCCUGUUCCAGUACUAGUUGUCGUGGGCGCAGCCCCCGGAAGCCCGAUUGUGACGUUGAAGGUAGCCGGGCGAUGUCAUCAGACGAUCAAAAUAGUUCUUCGAAUUCCGCAAGUUUAUCGGGGAGAGAUGGAGGUCAAUCAGCUAAUGCCAAUGUUGGCGCCUCUGGUGGUAUUCCGUCCCUUAUAGCACAUUCAUCACCCCGAAGUAUUGAUGAUCUUAGUGCACCGGAUGAAGGUGAACUUGGGAGAUUGCAAGCCUUGCUUGCUUCACGAGGACUGCCGUCACAUCUUUUAGGAGCAUUACGACCUCAUGUGCAGCAAUUGAUUCAAAAAACCGUUGGAAGUGCUUCGAAAUAUCAGCCGGUCCUCGAUGAACUGCAAUCCGAUAGUGAGCCGCGGCAGACGGAAGCUGUCAUGAAUCUCUCACAAGAAAUUCUUAUGGGAAAUGAAGACACCUUAGCCGGAUUUCCCGUUAGGCAAAUAGUUCCGGCAUUAGUGAAACUUCUUGAAAAGGAACAUAACUUUGAAAUUAUGAAUCAUGCUGGUCGAUGCUUAACUAAUCUAUUAGUAGUUCUGCCAAGGACUUCGCCUGUAAUUGCGUCUGCUAUCCCACAGCUAUUAAAUAAGCUAAAAGCAAUUGAAUUUAUGGACGUUGCUGAACAGUCUUUAAUGACAUUAAAGGAGUUAUCCAAACGUCAUGCAAAAGCUAUUCUCGAUCACGAUGGUAUCAACAUUUGCUUAACGUACAUUGACUUUUUCCCUAUAAAUACACAGCGAUAUGCACUUACUAUUGCUGCAAAUUGCUGCCAUCAUGUCACCAGUAAAGAAUUUUAUCACGUUAAGGAAGUUUUACCAACUAUCUUAGAAAAGUUGCUAUGUCAAGAUAAGAUAUGCGUCGAAAAUUCCUGCACUUGCUUCAGUAGACUUGUUGGAAAUUUGCAUGCGGAAGAGGAGCUACUAUUGAAGAUUGUUGAUUUUAAUCUACUAAAAUCGAUACAGCAGCUGCUUACACUGUCUCCGCCUUUGAUUAGUACGGACUCUUUCAUUGACUGUGUUAAAAUGUUGACGAUUCUCUGUUACACUGUACCUGAGGCCGCAUUGAAGCUAAUCCGGCAAAAUAUUGCCAAUAGUAUUAGAUUUUGGCUGAUUGGUUCGGCUGAUGUCGAUAUUACUGCAGGCAAUUUAAAGAUUCAAUGGCAAUGGCAAGAUGAUAAUGGGCUUUGGAGACCUUAUUUAAACCAUCAUGGGAUGCUGUUAGAGCAUGCAUACCGCCAGGGUGAAGGUGAAGUCAGUAUUGAGAUCGAUGGAGGUCCAUACAAUAUAGACCUGAACUCAAUGCAGCAAACAAAUGAACUGUCUCGCAUGUCGCGACCAAUACGUCGAUUGUCGAGAAAGCGAUCUGCAGAUAAAAAGGUCAUCAAUCAGAAUCAAGAGAUUUUAAAGGCAUUUUUCGAACAAAACUCUCAGUUAUCGGUGGACUUUAUAAAGAGCCUUUUCGCUGUAUUUUACGAAGUUUAUAUUUCAACGCCUGCGCUAGAUGUUCGACUACGUUGUCUAGAUGCAAUUCUUAAAAUGAUUUAUUUCUCAAGUUAUUUAACGCUCAUGAUCUCAUCGAAAGAAAUCAGUAUGUCAAUUAAUCUUAGAACUAUAGCUUCUAGCCUCUUGAUGGCACAGGAGUAUUCCACGCUGUGGCUAAUCUGGCUAAAUCAAUUGAUAAUGUAUAUUGCUAACUGUAUAUAUGUUAUCUGGUCUGUGAUUACGAGUUACGAUGAUAUCCGAGAGCCUGUUACUAGUUCCUUUGCUGAACAUGCACCAAUUAAGCCAAAUCCCAUGGAAAGGCGGAAAAGUAAUAAAAGAGAAAAGCAUAAAUCUACUAUAGAAUCAGCAUCCGAUCGAAAGAAAUCCAAUUUAAAUGUUUCUAAUGAAAGGACCUCGAAAUUAAGGCAAUGGAUUAAAGAUCAAGCCCAACGUUUCUGUGACAAUUAUUAUGAAAACGAAGCAUCCAAUUCGAAUGUCAGACAUUCUAGCAAUAUUUUAUCGAAAUUAUCUGACAUCGCUCGCAGUCUGCAAGGAAACGAAUUAAAAUCCGUAACUAUAGGAGGCGAUGAAAAUAUUACAACUUUUGAAAUGAUCCAUAGCGGUGUUAUUACCAGUUUAUUAAAAUUUCUUUCCGGAACUAAUUUAAAUUCUGAAUUAAAAAUGAAACACCACAUUCAAUUUUUGAACGUAUUUCUAAAUUUUCCACUAUCGAUGGACAAGGAACUAUUAUCGAACGAACAGGUUCAGGCGAUACAAUCAUCUUCCCCAUUAAUUCUGUUAAUAAAAAAACUAAUUAACUGUGUCACUCAACAAGAAGAGUUUUCAGUCCCAACGAAUCAUUCAAUAUCCGGUGACGGGUCUUAUUCUGUUGGAUAUUUACUUUCUCAUCAAUUGAAGUGCCAACUUAAGCGUCACCCAUCUUGCAAUAAUCUCGAUCAAUGGAGAGGUGGCAUUUUAAAAAUCGAUCCGUUAGCACAGAUUGAGGCAUUAGAACGUUAUCUAUUAAUGCGAGGUUAUGGGACGCAAAGCAAGGGAGCCGACCAUCUUGACAGCGAUGAAGAUUCCGAUGACGGUAGCAGUGUAAAGGCAACCGGUCAAUUCUUUGGUUUUAGCAAUGCCAGACAUCAAUUAGAAUUAUUAAUUGGAGACACCGUUCUUACAUACAAUGUGACUUUUUACGAAGCAGUUUGCCGACAUUACGAAUCAAAAUAUGGAUUUUACAAUUCCGGACGUGAAAAUUGUUCAUCCGCCCUGUGGAGCCAUGUUCAUACUGUGUGGUACCGACCAAUCACUGAUGCCGCUGCUCAUUCGGAAGAAAGUACCGAAUCUACCCGAAAACAUAGAAAAAAUAGUAGCGGCAAAUCUUCGAAAUCAAAUUGGAAAGUAUCAGGUGAUCCAUCCGCAGAAAUAAUUGGCCUCUUAAGAGAGAUCUACUUUAUGACAGAUAAUCUUAGAAUUUAUCAGAUUCCGGAGAGUUUAAUUGAGACCGUUCAAAGAGAGAAUUUCUCUAGCGAUAAAUUAUCAACCAAAGCAGCAAGACUUUUACAAGAUCCAAUUGCUGUUAUGGCAUCGACUUUUCCAACGUGGUUGACAGCUAUCUGUCACGAAUGUCCCUUUCUGAUAUCUUUCGAACAUCGGCAGUUACUCUUCUAUUAUACUGCCUUUGAUCGUGAACGUGCUAUGAUAAAGUUACAGGAGAAAACAACUAGUUCACGCACUGACGCUUCCAAUAGUAGCAAUUCAAAUCGUCGACUUGAUAAAAAGAAGAAAGUUAUUUCUCGUAAUGACAUACUAAAAGAAGCAGAAGCAAUCUUUCAGGAUAGAAGUUGCUCGAAGUCAAUUUUAGAAAUACAAUAUGACGGAGAGAGAGCUGAAAUGAACGAAUUUGGACGUAUAAAUCAGGUUGGAUUUGGAUCAGGCCCUACUAUGGAAUUUUUUACGCAAGUAUCACAAGAAUUUCAACGAUGUAAUCUCAAUAUGUGGCGAAAUGACGUCUCGAAAAGCACAAGUGAUAUUGACGGGAAAUCUUACGUUGGUACCUCUUAUGGACUCUAUCCAAAUCCGAUAGGCAAGAAAACUAAAUCGACAACCGUAAAACAGAUUUGUAAUAGGUUUAAUUUACUUGGGCGGUUCAUUGCUAAAGCUUUGAUGGAUUUUAGAUUGGUCGAUCUUCCGCUAAGUCAACCAUUUUGUAAAUGGAUUCUAAACCUAGAAUCAACUUUAAAUAUUAAGGAUAUCCAGAUUAUUGAUCCAGUUUUUGCAAAGUCUUUAAAUGAUCUCCAUGGCAUUCUAAUAGAAAAAACACGAAUUGAGAAUGAUAGUUCCAAUUCGAAGGAAAACGUCGCUAAUUUACGAAAGCUUGAAGAAACUGUAGAUGACCUUUGUUUAGAUUUUACGUUACCUGGCCAGCCUAAUUUUGAGUUAAAAAAAAACAGUAAAAAUAUGUCUGUAUCGCUUGAAAACUUGGAAGACUACUUGCAGCUGGUAAUACACUGGACCCUUAUUGAAGGUGUGUCUAAGCAAAUGACUGCUUUUAAAGAAGGAUUUGAAAGUAUCUUUCCACUAUCAAAGUUACAGAUUUUUUACCCUUAUGAAGAUUACAAUCAAACUUACUUCUUAUAUUUCACAGAUUUAAUAGAUUGUUGCCGUAUCGACCAUGGUUAUAAUCAUGACAGUCGCGCCGUGAAAUUUCUUUUCGAAAUAUUGUCAUCGUAUGAGACUGAUGAGCAACGCCAAUUUCUGCAAUUUGUCACUGGCAGUCCAAGACUUCCGAUAGGAGGACUUAAAAGCUUAAAUCCUCCAUUAACAAUUGUUCGUAAGGCUUUCGACAUACAAAGGGAAACGGAUGAUUUGCUCCCGUCAGUAAUGAGUUGUGUAAAUUACUUAAAGCUACCUGAUUAUUCUACUAUCGAAGUAAUGUCUGUUAAGUUAAGAACUGCAAUAAAUGAAGGACAGCUAUCAUUUCACUUGUCGUAG